CCAUGCCUUUGCCUUCUUCUUUCUCUCUUUUUCUGGCUUCAAGUCACCCACCGUCAUUUCUGUCUUUCCAUUUAAAAAAAAAAAAUUUCGAUCGCAUUAGUUUUUCCAUUUACUCUUCAAAAUUUUUUUUCAUGCCCCAAGCUUUUUAAAGCACGUGAUUAGUUUGCGUCAUUCUAAUUUCUUCUUCUUCUAAUAAAAAGGAGGAGGUUUCUUUUUUGCAUGGGAAAAGAAUGCCAGAUUUGAGAGGUGGAAUUAGACGAUCAAAGAGGAUCAAUGACAACCAGGAGAGCCCUGCUGCCUUAGUUCCAACUGCUCGGCGUGGUGCUGCUAGUAGAGGUAGAGGUAGAGGGCGCAGAGCAAUGAAUCAAGAUGACAAUGGCAAGCUUGUUGGUCCUGCUGCCUGUGGCAGGGGUUGCACUGGAUUAAACUUGCCAGUGAGGCAGGUAGUUGAGAAAAGUGCAGAAAGACUGGUUGCUGUCGAGGAAGAAGGAAGCACUAGUUCACUUCCUGAAAGGGUUCAGCUUGGUAACUCCCCUGUGUACAAGUUAGAUAGAAAGCUGGGCAAAGGGGGUUUUGGACAAGUUUAUGUUGGAAGAAGGAUCUCUGGUGGCACAGGGUGCAGUGGGCCUGAUGCCUUUGAGGUUGCUUUGAAAUUUGAACAUCGAAAUGGUAAAGGAUGUAGUUCUGGUCCUCCUUAUGAGUGGCAAGUGUAUAGCACUCUCAAUGGUUGUUAUGGACUUCCCUUGGUUCAUUACAAAGGUCAACUAGGAGACUACUACAUUCUAGUCAUGGAUAUGCUGGGUCCAAGUUUAUGGGAUGUUUGGAACUCAAGCAACCAGAUGCUGACUGAAGAGAUGGUUGCUUGUAUAGCAGUGGAGGCAAUAUCAAUUCUUGAGCAGCUUCAUCACAAAGGUUUUGUACAUGGAGAUGUUAAGCCCGAGAACUUUUUGCUUGGCCAGCCUGGGACCUCGAAUGAGAAGAAGUUAUAUCUAAUUGAUCUUGGUUUGGCUUCAAGAUGGAAGGAGACAGCUUCUGGACGUCAUGUUGAUUAUGACCAAAAGCCUGAUGUCUUUAGGGGAACUGUACGUUAUGCAAGUGUACACGCUCAUUUGGGUAGGACAGGGAGUCGAAGGGAUGACCUUGAGUCAUUGGCUUAUACACUGAUAUUUCUACUUAGAGGAAAGCUUCCCUGGCAAGGUUACAUUGGGGAGAACAAAGGAUUUCUUGUUUGUAAAAAGAAGAUGGCAACUUCUCCUGAGAUGCUUUGUUACUUAUGUCCUCCUCCUUUUCAACAGUUUCUUGAGAUUGUGACCAAUAUGAAAUUUGAUGAAGAGCCCAAUUACUCGAAGCUCAUUUCGCUUUUUCAUAAUAGCAUAGAUUUUACUUCGUCAAUACGUCCUAUCCAAAUUGAUGGAGCUAUUAAGGCGGGUCAAAAAAGGGGAAGAUCACUUGCUGAGUUGGAAGAUGGUGAGCAGCUUAAGAAGAAAAUUCGGCUUGGUGCUCCAGCUUCUCAGUGGAUCUCAAUCUAUAAUUCCAGAACUUCGAUGAAGCAGAGGUAUCACUACAAUGUUAUGGAUUCAAGACUCAACCAGCAUGUCGAGAAGGGAAGGGAAGAUGGCUUGUAUAUCAGCUGUGUAGCUUCAUCUUUGAAUCUGUGGGCCAUUGUUAUGGAUGCAGGGACAGGGUUCACAGCUCAGGUUUUCAAGUUAUCACCAAUCUUUUUGCAUAAGGAGUGGAUAAUGGAACAGUGGGACAAGAAUUUCUACAUCACUUCAGUUGCUGGUGCAGGCAAUGGCAGUGCACUGGUUGUUAUGUCAAAGGGUACACCCUACACGCAACAGUCCUACAAAGUUAGUGAUGUCUUUCCUUUCAAAUGGAUUAAUAAGAAGUGGAAAGAAGGCUUCUCUGUAACCUCAAUGACCACUGCAGGCAGCAAAUGGGGCAUUGUCAUGUCCCGUAAUGCAGGCUAUCCUAGUCAGGUUGUUGAACUUGAUUUCCUCUAUCCAAGUGAGGGAAUUCAUAGAAGAUGGGAGAAAGGAUAUCGGAUUACAUCAGCAGCAGCUACACAGGACCAAGCUGCAUUCAUACUUAGUGCACCCAAGAGAAAAUCACAAGAUAUAAUGCAAGAAACUUUGCGUACAACUGCUUUUCCUAGUACCCAUGUAAAGGAUAAAUGGUUGAAAAAUCUGUAUAUUUCGUCUAUUUGCUAUGGGAGGACAGUGUCCUGAAGUUUGGUAUUUGGAAGGAGUCACUGCAGUUACAUGUUCAAGGCAGAUAUUUGCUUGUUGCCUGCCGCUCAGGAGGAUACCAAAAGUGUUGGAGAUGCACAGAGAUGCUCUUUCCUACCUUUAGCAUACAGAAAAAGCUUGAACUGGGCAGAAAACCUGCCAAGUUUGUAAAGUGCCCAAACGAUGAGGAAUGUAAAUCAUACUUAGUAUCAGAGACGGAUUUACAAUGGGCUGAAAUCCUUAAAAACUUCCAUGGUUGUAAUAUGUAACUACUACAAUUUUAAGAGAAAGAAACCUUUAAUUUUGCCCCCACGCAAAUUCAAUUA